CUGGUGCCAAUAGAACACGCCAUCCCAUCGUGAUGCGUUGGUGGUGGCAUUGAAUCAUCCCUCUCAACACCUGAUCUGCUCAUCAGGGUGGCCUUUUCUCUUUCUUUUUUUCAUCAGCACCGAUCGGGAUCUUGUCUGUGGUCUUGUGGUUUUGGCGUUUCACUACAAUCCCUCGGAUUCUAUCCAUCCAUCCACAGUGUCAUUUCAUCCUUUCCCCCCUGUCCCAGCGCUUUGGAGAGAUAUGUUUAUCGAAGACAUAUUGGACUCCGCCGCUGUACCAAUUUCAUUGUUUGAUCUGCUGUCCAACUCGAUCGUUCUGGACCAGACAGUUCCAUAUCUGCCAUGUUCUAGCCUUUUUGCUCUUGCAAGAACCUGCCACUCUAUCCGCGACCUACUGUUCUCGACGCCAUCGGUAUUCCGCUCGGUCGACCUGUCACGUUGCCGCGGUGCGUAUAUCAAUCCAGAGUUGCUGACGAGGAUCGACUCUGGCGGAAACUCGUGGCGGGCUGAACGCAUAGACGAGCAUCUAACCGAAGACGAAUUCUAUGCUGGACCACUUCGGGGCGUGUUGUGGAAGUUGGGGCGCAUGCAUGUAUUGCAGCGAGUUCACACUCUGAUCCUUGAUGGCUUGGCCUCUGUCACUCAGGAUUUGGUCAGCGACCUUGUGUCAGAUCCCCAGUACGCCGUCACCAUCCUGAGCAUCCGACGAUGUCUUAAUGUCAACCCAUCAAAGCUCCAACAAUUGCUCCGUCACAUCUGUCGGCCCACUAGACCUACUGGCACUCCUCGCCUCAAAGGUCUUUACUACUUCACUCAGCCUUCGUCAUCACUCAAGUUAACAGACGUGGAUGGCCCAACGACAAGAGGGGUGACGCUGUCCGAAGGUGCUCAACUUGGCGCCUCCCCCACCCGCGGUCAUGUCAACCCCGACACCAUCGACCCAUGGUAUACAGCAGCAGGACAGGUCAUAUCCAUUGGCCAUGGAGAACGUACCUCGUGGGAGGAGACAUUGCAAACCUGCCAUGGAAUCAUCAGCUUUGAUGCUGUGCUGUGCACGCACAUGCAUGCGGAUAUGGAACCAGUUCUACACGCUGCAUCUCGUGAUUUUCUGAUGCAAAACAAGCCGGGCAUUGCUCCAAUGGCCACAAUUUCCCUUGGGCCGUCCGGAUGUGCCAGUUGCGGACGACACCCACGAGGUGGACCCGUUUGGGGUGAAAGUGACGUGCACGAAUUUCCACUGAUUUGGCCCCCGCCUGCAUCAGGAAGGCUCGUCGAUGCCGUACGACCGCCUCUACGAAUGGCUUCGGAUGGGAGACAGUUAAAGCAGCAUUUGACUGUGUCGUGCACCUGGUGUCUCACUAAUCGUCACUGCGACAACUGCCAUCGGUGGUGGUGCAGUGACUGUUACAAUCCAGGUCGAACGAAGAAGCUUGAGGAUCUGGAACAAUUAAGUCAGGCUGGCUUGAGCUAUCUCCCAAGCCUGGAGGAACUUUGCACCGGAGUGGGGGAAGACCAUGGUGACCGGAUCAAGCAGAAACUCAAACUAUCCCCCGGUCAAGCCGCCGUGAUGCGCCACUGCUUCGACUGUGGUCGCGUCUGUAGUGAGUGCGCACCUCUCAGCGCCCGGACGUGCAUUCGAUGCAAGAGCAGUUAUUGUGUCCUUCAUAACACAGGCUGCGACGAUAAAACCUGUGACUGGUGUAUGCAUGGUGGACGAAGAACCAGGGAGCUGUAUUGAUGAUGGCUUUUCAAGGAAUUUGAUCAUCGCCAUCACUUGACUUGACUCGACUCUUUUAGCAUCUACCGGAUCAGCUUGCAACUGGACUCGAGUGAGCCUCUAUCUGCGCACAAGUCCCUCCUGGACUCUCAUCUUCAAGGCUCUCCGUUCAUUCGAACCUACUACUCGAUGACUCUCAACUCCAAUCUCAGCCAGGUGCUGUUUCUAUCUAAUCCUAACCACCUACUCUUGACGAAGCCUGAUGCGAGCGACAAACUCUAUUUAAUUCUAAUAUCUAAGGGGUUGAUAUUUUCCAGUGUGUUUUGGCAUGUUGGGCGUUGGUGGACUGGGAACUAUGAUGGUGUGUUGUUAAGCAAGCUCUUUUGUAUUUUGGGAGUAUAUCUAUCACAAUGACGGUGCGGAGGAUUGGGCUGGAGAGACCACAGCAAAAUGUAUCUUCGCUAUUGACGCCGAUCUAUACACAAGUUUGAUGGCAUGUGAGAGAAUUUGGACUUGCUGGAUUGUCACCGAGAAACUGACGAUCAAGGCUAGAAUUCAAAAGGUUGGCAAGAAAAUGAGAGAAUCUGGGCAGAGAGAAGCAGAUUAGCGAGGUCAAUAUUAGCAAUAGAUCCAGAUGCUCCGGGGUACGCCCUGGGCGGUAGGCUUUAACCGUCCACGGCUAUCCUCGCGUCACUCUGGCGCCUUUG